AUGAGGGCUGUCUCUUAUACACAUCUAGAUGUGUAUAAGAGACAGGCGCUAUUCCACCCUGAACAGCUCAUCACCGGCAAGGAGGACGCCGCUAAUAACUACGCGCGCGGUCACUACACCAUCGGCAAGGAGAUCGUCGACGUCGUGCUGGACCGCAUCCGUAAGUCGGCAGACAACUGCUCGGGGCUGCAGGGCUUCUUGAUCUUCCACUCGUUUGGCGGUGGCACAGGAUCAGGCUUUACUUCCCUCCUCAUGGAGAGACUCUCCGUCGACUAUGGCAAGAAGAGCAAGCUUGAGUUUGCUAUUUAUCCUGCACCUCAGGUUGCCACUGNCACUAAGCACGCUCUGCACAAUGUCAUUGUGGUCAUGAAGAAGAACGAUUAA